CCAGAAACCACAAGCGAAAUACACCCAGAAACCACAAAUGAUAUACACCGAUCAUCCACAAGCCAAAUAAACCGACCAUCCACAAGCCAAAUAAACCGACCAUCCACAAGCAAAAUACCUCCAGAAAUCACAAGAGAAAUACAUCCAGAAGCAAAAAGCGAAACACAACCAGAAACCACAAGCGAAAUACACCCAGAAACCACAAGCGAAAUACUCCCAGAAACCACAAGAGAAAUACAUCCGGAAACCACAAACGAAAUACACCGACCAUCCACAAGCCAAAUACACCGACCAUCCAUCAGCCAAAUACUCCCAGAAACGAGAAUGGAAUUACACCCACGAGCCAGAAGCGAUUUACGCACACAAUUCAGAGUGGAUUCACGAGCAUCAACGGACAUAUCUGAGCCAUACAUGGAUUUAACUAAAUAUACCUGUUUAGAAAAGCUGCGAGCAAUACUACAACGAAGCAACAGGAAAGCUCUGUUUAUCGUGCUUGGCUUGAUCAUGACACAACAUCUUAGCGGAAAAUUCACCGCUCCGCAGUACGUGGAAGAUAUCAUUAGCAGACAA